AUGACGGAUGCCUUCCCCGCCGCCCUGACUGGGCCAACCUCCAAGGAGCGCAAAUAUGAUCGUCAGCUCCGCUUGUGGGCGGCAACUGGCCAGCAAGCACUUGAAGAUUCCCACGUUCUGUUGGUGAACUCUGAUGGUCCUCUCGGUCAAUACAACACUGGCGUCGCGGGUGUUGCGGGCGUUGAAACGCUCAAGAACCUCGUACUGCCUGGAAUUGGUGGAUUCACCAUCGUCGACCCAGCAAAGGUCACUGAGUCAGAUCUAGGUGUGAACUUCUUUCUGGAAGAAGAGUCAUUGGGCAAGUCUCGCGCUGAGGAAACCUGCCGGCUAUUGAAAGAACUGAACCCCGAUGUGCAGGGAUCUUACUAUUCCAAGCGCAUUGAGGAGUUGCUCGUAGACCCUGGCUUCUUGCCCAAGCACAAGCUGGUGAUCAUUUCUGGUCCAAUUAGACGCUCGACCCUGGUACCUCUGACCCAGGAAGCAAAGCAUCUGGGUAUCCCUGUGUUGUACCUGCAUUCAGUUGGAUUCUUCUCAACCUUCUCGGUGCAAUUAGCGGCAGAGUUCCCCAUUGUUGAGACACACCCGGACCCAGAGUCAACCCAGGACCUGCGUCUGCUCAACCCCUGGCCUGAGCUUGUCGCCGCCGCAGCCAAGCUGGACAAUCUGGAAACACUGGAUGAUCAUCAACAUGGUCAUGUGCCCUAUAUUCUUCUCCUGCUUCGAUUCCUGGAGCAAUGGGAACAAUCCCACAAGGGCAACGCACCAAGCAACUACAAAGAGAAAACCGAGUUCAGGGAAUUUGUGCGGUCCCAGACGCGGACUUCUAACCCAGAAGGAGGCGAGGAGAACUUCGAUGAAGCAGUCGCUGCUGUGCUCAAGACAAUCUCACCUUUCAGUCUACGCAGCUCGAUUCGCGAGAUCUUCGAGAUGAACGAGUGCCAGCAACUGUCUGCGAAAUCGCAAGACUUCUGGCUCAUUGCUUCAGCCAUUAAAGCCUUCCAUGUCUCUCACAGCGUCUUGCCUCUCCCAGGCUCCCUACCAGACAUGAAAGCCCAGUCGGCAGACUACGUCUCACUCCAAAACAUCUACAAAGCCAAAGCACGAAAGGACGUGGAAGAGGUGACAGCCACAGUGCGCCGGCUAGAAACCCAACUCGGACGCCAAGCAUCCGCAAUCCCAGAUCGGGACAUCGAAGUAUUCUGCAAGAACGCAGCACACAUCAAGGUCGUGCGAGGUCGCGAUAUCCCACAGAUCAGCAUCGACAGCGACGCCUCAACACUAAACACUAUCCGCAACCAGCUCAGCAUGCCCGACUCCCUGAUCCCGAUAUUCAUCGCAACCCAGAUCCUCGACUCGGUCGUGGACGAAAUCCAAUCGAGCAACCAGGAAGAAGAGCGGUCUGUUAACGAUGAGGGGUUGUGGAACAGCCACACAGAACGCAUCCUUGCUCUGCUGACCGGAGCGGAUGGGUCCGCCGUUGACCCGGAGGCGCGCGCGCAGAUUGCCAAGGCAAUCAAGGAGCUGCGUCGUGCUGAGGGUGGCGAGUUGCAUAAUAUUUCUUCGUUGACGGGCGGUUUGGUUGCGCAGGAAGCGCUGAAGGUUAUUACUAGGCAGUAUGGACCGCUUGAUAAUACUUGCGUCUUUGAUGGGGCGAGAAGUAGAAGUGAGAUGUAUAGGUUGUGA